CGCCCGACCCUCGACCCCCGAGUCCCGGAGCCGGCCCCGCGCGGGGCCACGCGUCCUGCGGGCGCUGGUGCCUAAGGACAACGACAGCACCAGCUUUUCCUUUCUCCCUUCCCUUCCUUGCCCCGCACUCCUCCCCCUGCGCGCUGUUGUUGUGUGUCAGCACUUGGCUGGAGACGUCUUGAACUUGCAGGGAGAAUAACUUGCGCUCCCUACUUCGCGCCGGUGCCUCUGCCCCAGCGGACCCAGCCUCACCGCCUGCGAACCCCGCCGCCCGUCCACUCCUCCGCUGGGCCCGACCCGGAGACGCCGUUCCCCGCGUGAGGACAGGGACAGCCCGGCCGGCACCCGGGAGGAGAAGGCGGCGGCGAAGGAAGGGAACCCGGUCCCUGCGCCAGGUCCUUCAGCCAGAGCUUUUUCCAUGUGGAGGCUCUUUCAAUGGACGUGUCCCCGCGUGCUUCUUAGACGGUCUGCGGUCUCCUAAAGGUCGACCAUGGUGGCCGGGACCCGCUGUCUUCUAGCGUUGCUGCUUCCCCAGGUCCUCCUGGGCGGCGCGGCCGGCCUCAUUCCCGAGCUGGGCCGGAGGAAGUUCGCGGCGUCUGCUGGCCCCUCCUCGUCCCAGCCGUCAGACGACGUUCUGAGUGAGUUCGAGUUGCGGCUGCUCAGCAUGUUCGGCCUAAAGCAGAGACCCACCCCCAGCAGGGACGCCGUAGUGCCCCCCUACAUGCUGGACCUAUACCGCCGGCACUCGGGCCAGCCGGGAGCGCCCGCCCCGGACCAUCGGUUGGAGAGGGCCGCCAGCCUCGCCAACACCGUGCGCAGCUUCCACCACGAAGAAUCUUUGGAAGAACUACCAGAAGUGAGUGGAAAAACAACCCGGCGAUUCUUCUUUAAUUUGACUUCUAUCCCCACUGAAGAGUUUGUCACCUCGGCAGAACUUCAAGUCUUUCGGGAACAGAUGCAGGAAACUUUGGAAAACAAUAGCAGUUUCCAUCAUCGAAUUAAUAUUUAUGAAAUUCUAAAACCUGCGACAGCCAACUCGAAGUUCCCAGUGACCAGACUCUUGGACACCAGGCUGGUGACCCCGAACGCCAGCAGGUGGGAGAGUUUUGACGUCACCCCCGCGGUGAUGAGGUGGACCGCGCAGGGGCUGGCCAACCACGGCUUUGUCGUGGAAGUGGCCCACCCAGAGGAGGGCCACGGGGCCUCCAGGAGGCACGUUCGGAUUAGCAGGUCUUUGCACCCAGAUGAGCACAGCUGGUCACAGAUCAGGCCCCUGCUAGUAACUUUCGGCCACGAUGGGAAGGGACACCCCCUCCACAAGAGAGAAAAGCGCCAAGCGAAGCACAAACAGCGGAAACGCCUUAAGUCCAGCUGUAAGAGACAUCCUUUGUACGUGGACUUCAGUGACGUGGGCUGGAAUGACUGGAUCGUGGCUCCCCCGGGGUAUCAUGCCUUUUACUGCCACGGGGAGUGUCCCUUUCCCCUGGCCGAUCACCUGAACUCCACUAACCACGCCAUCGUCCAGACGUUGGUCAACUCAGUGAACUCUAAGAUUCCCAAGGCAUGCUGUGUCCCCACGGAGCUCAGCGCCAUCUCCAUGCUGUACCUUGACGAAAAUGAAAAGGUGGUAUUAAAGAACUAUCAGGACAUGGUUGUGGAGGGUUGUGGGUGUCGUUAGCGCAGCAAAAGAAAAUAUAUAUAUAUAUAUAUAUAUGUAUAUGUAUAUAUACAUAUAUAUAUAUAUUUUAGAAAAAAGUAAAAAAAAAAGAAACAAAAAAACAAAAAAAAAACAAAACCAAGUUGACACUUUAAUAUUUCCCAAUGAAGACUUUAUUUAUGGAAUGGAAUGGAGAAAAAAAAAACACAGCUAUUUUGAAAAUAUAUUUAUAUCUACAAAAAGAAGUUGGGAAAACAAAUAUUUUAAUCAGAGAAUUAUUCCUUAAAGAUUUUUAAAAUGUAUUUAGUUGUACAUUUUAUAUGGGUUCAACCCCAGCACAUGAAGUAUAAUGGUCAGAUUUAUUUUGUAUUUAUUUACUAUUAUAACCACUUUUUAGGAAAAAUAGCUAAUUUGUAUUUAUAUGUAAUCAAAAGAAGUAUUGGGUUUGUACAUAAUUUUCCAAAAAAAUUGUAGUUGUUUUCAGUUGUGUGUAUUUAAGAUGAAAAGUCUACAUGGAAGGUUACUCUGGCAAAGUGCUUAGCACAUUUGCUUUUUUUUUUUUUUUUUUUUUUUUUUUGCAGUGCUACUGUUAAGGUCACAAGUUCAAGUCCAGAAAAAAACAAAAGUGGAUAAUCCACUCUGCUGACUUUCAAGAUUAUUAUAUUAUUCAAUUCUCAGGAAUGUUGCAGAGUGAUUGUCCAGUCCAUGAGAACUUACGUCCUUAUUAGGUGGAAUAUUUGGAUAAGAACCAGACAUUGCUGAUCUGAUCUAGAAACCCUUCCCCCACCCCUUAAUUUGAAGAAAGAAUAAAGCAGGACCGAUAGAAAUAAUUAGGCAAACAAUGAACCUGCAGGGAAGUGAAUGAUGGUUUGUUCUUCUUUCCUAAACUAUAGUGACCCCUUCAAAGGGGCUGGUCUGGCCAAAGUAUUAAAUAAAACGUAAGAUUUCAUCAUUAAUGAUAUUGUGGUCAUGUAUAUUUAAAAUUGGUAUCUAGUGGCCCUCAUGAAGAAUUUGAAAUUAAUUUCUAGUUACCUUUUGCCUCACUUGGGCGCCCUUUAUGCUUAGAAAGACGGUUUUCUCACUUUGCCCAACACACAGGAAACCUGUGCCCAUCAGUGUUUUCCUCCCACCCCUGUCCUCUGUUGGAUCAGCUUGCUUUUCUUCCCAAGGUUGUGUGUUUGAACACAUUUCUCCAAAUGUUAAACCUAUUUCAGAUAAUAAAUAUCAAAGCUCUGGCAUCUCA